AUGGGGUCAAAGUUCUUCUGUUGUUGCUGUCCAGCCAGCGACGAGCCUCCUAGCACUGUCUACCCCUACGAUGCAGGAACGUCCCAACAGUAUCAUCCACGGACCUUCGAUCUAAGCUCAGGUCCUCACAGAAAUAGUGAGCAAAGGAGAUGCCCCCACCCCAACAACAAGAAGAUGAAGGCAUGUACUGCUGCGAGACCCUGA